UUUUGAAGGUCAGCUAAAGAACUAGCUUGCAAUAAAAUACCCUGCAAUUAAUUCAAAAGAAGAAAAAAAGAAAAUUUAAAUUCCUUAGGUAAAUCUCUAUAGCUAUUGUCACACUGCACAAUGCUAUUUGUAAACCAAGGAGCUAAGACCAUUCGUAACUGCACAAUAUGGGGGUAACAACCCAACUCUAAUAAUAAAUGGUAGUGAUCAUUUUUAAUGCUUCUCAACAGGUAAAAAUAGCACAAGGUGAUUUCAUCACUAAACUAUGUAGUAAUUUGGCUAGGUGAAGGUAGGGUAAUAAAUUGUCAUAACACACAGGGCCUAGAGCAAGGUGAUUUCACUGCUUGUGAUCAGUACUGGAUCAAUACUCAUAGAUUAUUGAUGACUUUUAGACAAAUUAACAGACUAUUUUUAUUUUUUCGGAGAACUUGUGGACUGAAUUUUUUGUGAGAAUUUUUUUGAUGCAUUUUCGAGGAUUGAUUGGUAUGGACGUAAUUUGUAAACUAAUAUAAAAGAUGGUAGUAGGUUAUAAGGAGGGCUAAAAAUAACACAUCAAAACCUACACAAAGUCAGUUUUAGGAGCUACAAAGUGAUUUUCGAUAUAUUCAUGAGUGGAUUACUAAACUGUUGGAUUGGAAACAAUUUGCAACAAAAAUAAAUAUUUUUUUGCAAUUUAUGGUUAAUUCAGCGUGAAUUGUGACCUAUUUGCUUUGAAAUAUUGGAUACAUAUUAUUCAUAAAUUAUUGACAGGAAUGUUAAAAUUUUUAAAGUACCGUACAUUAAAUGUAUCUUGAGGAUAUAUAACCCAUACGUAGAACAAAAAAGUUAUAAAGGAAAAUUACUGCUGACAUAGCUACAAAAGGGAAUUACAAAUUAAUGUCAGGAACAUAUUUUAAUGAAUUUUAAUUAAAGUUUACUUCGUGUGUACGUAUGUUUACAUAAAGAGAGGCAUAUUUGGUGUUAAGUUCAUUGAGGAAAUAUCUUUGGAAUAUAUUUUGUUAAUUUGAGUAUACCUUGUUUGAGGUAAUAAGCAGACAUAACAGUUUUAUAAUUUGCAGACAUCAUGAUUUAAUUGGAUAAAAAAUGGAUGAAUUCAGAUCAAGAUCACCAGACUGAUAUUGUAAAUUGUUAUCUGAUAAAAAGUUGAUCACAAUGGCUAGCAAAGUAAGCUCGGGGCAAUCUGAGAUCUAUCGUUCACGAAUGUUGCCAGUUGUUUCCUCGUCUGCACAUAGCUCUUUGCCUAGGGAUAGUCGUAAAGAUGCUCAAAAAUCAAGAUCUGGAUCAGUUGUCACUGGGCGUAAAAGUCAAGCACACGGAUUCAAACCAUUGUUUCCACCAGAUGCUAAUAAUUUUGUGUCAAAAAUCGUGGAUAGAAAUUCUCAGGAUUUUAAGGAUACAAAAGAUUCAAAGCCACGAAUCAUCACACCAGUAUCUUCUGUUGCACGACCUUCACCUUAUUUGAAGGACUCUCGUAAAGAAGAAAAAGAAGAGGAAAAUACAGAAGCGCCACCAAAGUUACCUCCAAGAAAAAGGUUGCCAAGCCAACCUUCAUCUACAAGAACACAGAGUAAUUUACCAGUGAGAACAGAAAGAAGAACACUGCCAUCACCUAGAGUUCAAGAGCAGACGUCAAACAAAUUAGAGAGAACUCAAAAUUCAGUCCCUAAUCAGAGUUAUAGGACUCAAAAUCAUCAUCUAAAAAGUAAAGAAAAUGAGCCAAGCGCUCUUCCAGUAAGAACUGAAAGGAGAACAAGUCAGAUAGCAAAUAGAGACAAAUAUUUGACUUCUGAACGAAAGGAAAAUAGCUAUAACUUGCAUUCAGAAACUGAUUUGAGUCAGGAUAAAAGAGUAUCAGAACAAAUAAGGGAUGCCAAUCCAUUGACAAGAACCAAUGUUACGCAACACGACAAAAUCUGGGUAAGGGACGAACCUAAACAUGGACCAGGAACACUUGUACCACCUCUUCAGGACAUAACCCCUGAAACUACAGAAGAAUUGUGGAAUAAUUAUGAUCCCCUUGAUGCAUUAGACUCUGCAAGUGAUUCAUCAGCUGAUACAAUGAUUAUGAUGACAACGGAAGAGGAACAGCGGAAUGACGAAAAAAUCCAAAAGAAUCAGAAAAGUUUCGAGAAUACAAAAUGUGGUUCAAUUAGAGAACAGACUCCUACCAGGGAGACUGCAAAUCCUAUUGGAAUGCAAAAUGGUGGUACACAAUAUCUAAAACAUUCUAAGGACAUUGAUUUAUCACCUAAAAGCUCUGAAGAAGAUGAUGGGUAUGGUACAAAUUCAAGUACAAGUACAAACUUUUCUUCUGCCUUGUCAUUGCUUGCUAAUGGGGAUCUAGAACAAAAACCACUUCAUGGUAUUUUAAAGAAAACUGGACAAAAUAUGCCAAACGGUAUAAAUGGAAUUGCAAAUUCUUAUGUGUACAAUACCUCACAAAAUGGACAGUCUAAUACUACAUGGGCUGUGAGGAGAAGGACAAAAAUGACGGAAUCACAAGAUAAUUCGUUGCAGGAAAAAUUACGUCAACUUGCCAUAAUUGAAGAAGAAAAUACUCACGAUGAGAAUCAGGAAGAUAGAUUAGGAACACUACGGAGAAAUUCUGAUGCUGGCAGUUUUGGUUAUUCUUCUGACAAUGAUUCACAUUGGAAAUGUGUUGUUAAUUCUACAUCAACGAGAGACAAUACCCGAAUAACUAGAAGAGGGCAUCCGUCAGAAGAGGAGGAAAAACAGGAAGAGGUUGUUCAAAAUGACUUGAAGAAAUUUGAAGGUGAAUUAUACGAUAAAUUAACAGACAUGGAUUUGAAUUAUCGUAACUAUUAUGGAUUUGAUAACAUGCAAAGUGAUGAAAAGGAUAGUCCAAAAGUGCUAUAUUUUCAAGAGAAAAUGAUUAAACAACAAUAUGGAGAGGACAAUUAUUACAAACCUAGUUCUUAUCAAAGUGCUUCGAAUCCAGUGGAUUAUUCUAGGUCACAGACAUUGCCAACACAAUCGCAUACUAGAAAUAUGCCUGAAUUAUGUCAAAGAGCAUAUUCACAAGAUCCACGGCAAAUUCAAAACUAUGGAUUAUCCAAUGGCUAUGAAAGUCAGAAUACCUCAUAUCGAUCACUUGUAUCAAAUAGUUCGGGACAUUUUUCAUCGCAGGACUUUAUUCAUGCAAGUAAUGAUAAUAUUAGUGUACACUCUGGCCAUUCAGUGCCGGGAAACUUAUAUAAGACGAAAUAUGUGUCUGUGGACAAUAUUAAUCAAAAUGGAAAAAGGACCGUUUUCGCAAGUUCUGCUGAUAUAUAUAAUCUUUUUCAGAGUAAGGAGAAUUUAGCUACGCAACUUCAAAGACCAGCAUCAUAUCGUCACAGUUUUCAUGCAGUGCCUGUGUCUGUAGCAUCAGGGAAGAGUGAUCCAAAUGAUAUUUUCAAUGAAAGGGAUGAACCUCGUCCAAGGUCAUCAUCAACAAGUGUUGCUUCUAAAAAUAAAUCAUGGAAUCCAUUUGGAAGUUUGUUCGGUAAAAAGCGAAAAUCUUCCACGGGUGGAGAAAAUUCAAAAUCAACAGAUAAAUCAUCCAAAAGUGGCAAUCAGAUGAAAACAAAAGUACAAACUCACCAGGAUAUUUUAAUUCAUAAUAGACAACAAAUGAAUCAAACACCUGAAAUGUUGCCAAGGCGACAACUUGUAGAAGAACAUGGACCAGUGGUGCCACCUGUCAUAAAGUCUUCAACACUUCCACGUCAUACCUCAUCGGAUAAGGUGUUCCCAGAUAAACCAUUUAAAACUAUUGCAUUGUUUGAAGAGUCGGGUACUAAAUUGUCAACAUUGGUGUAGCAAAAUAUUUUGUAUAUAAUGAUAUUUAUGUGUAUUUUCAAAAUCAUUAGUUGUUGUGCUGAGCAUAUAAAUAUUUUUUAAUUAGCUAACCUUAUUUAUUAAGAUAUAAAAUGUGCUUGUGUAUAAUGUUUAUUAAGUUACUAUAAAUAAAUUUAUCAAAAUAAAUUUACAAAUUAAUUUUUAUUUAAUUUUUACUACUUUACAAAAGAACUUUUUUAAUCACCAAUUAAAGAAAAAAAUUAAAUAAUUUGAGAAAUUGAAAUGGUUUUCAUUCAGAAAAAGGGAAAAUAAAGUCAUUUUUUUUAAUAAAACAAUUUUAAGGGUAAUUUUUGUCAAAUAAACAGUUGUAGGUCGGGUUGUCUGUCUCUUUGACAUAUUCCCCAUUUCCAUUCUCAAUUUUAUUAAUGGCUGUAUGCUGAUUUGAGUAUGUAAUUUGUUUAUAAGAACUGACCUUAGAAGUUUCAUUGAUAUUAAUCUUAAUUAGGGCAUAAGAGAAGAAUUCCUGGCCAUUUUAGAUGACGAAGAUAAUGUCAAUUUGUAUCAGUGUCUGCUUAUAAAAACAAUUGCUUCUGGGUCAAUCUGGGAUAUCAGAUUCUGUUAAUGAGCAAAAAAAUUAUCACAAUGGACAUCUAACAUGUCAACAAUCAUUAAAAAAAUAUGUCAUGUAUAAUUUUAAUUUGAUAAUGUCAUCAAGUAAUGAUAUCUUCUAAAAAAAUGUUGAAAUUCUUAAAUAUUCUGUAUCUGAAAUUGGCAAUAAUGACAUUCUUUGUCGUGAAUAACAUGAAUAAGGUAUUUCUUCAUAAAAUUAUUAUAAUUAUAUUUCAUUAAUGAAGAUGGGAUUUGUCAUUUGUACUUGUGGUAAAAGAUCAAAGGGAGCAUCUCAAAACACAUUCCAUUACAAAGUUGUGAAAGUUACCUGUGUUAACACAUUGCUCCCAAGGAAAUGUACUUUCAGAAUAAUUAAAAGUAUUACAUUGGUUGCAAUGGUUAUACAGUGAUUUCCUGGUCAACUAAAACCCAUUUUAUGGAUUGAAAAUACUGCAAUGAAUGUCCAUCAUUUAUUAUUACCUCAUUAUUGGAGAAAAAGAGGUGGACAAGAAAAGAACUAAAGUAGGCAAGGCUUAUAAAUGUCAUUUACCAUCAUUUAAACCUUUCAUUGCAAUUUUGUAAAAUAAACUUGGAUAUCUCCAUAAAAAUUCUAAAUUUUAUUCUUGUGAAUAAAAGGAGGGAGAUGUGGGGCUUAUGCCAAUGAGUCAGCAAACCAACAACAUAGAUAACUAAAAGACACUUAGAGGUAAACAAACACUUUCUUUGGCAAUAGACAGGUGUCUAUAAAAUACAUCAAGGGCCAACUCUCCUACACAGAAAGCAUCAAAGAUCUUCCCCCAUCAUACCAAAUUCUCCCAAAAACAAAAAACACUGAGAUAUGACCUGAGAUAACCACUGAUGUCAGGUUCUCUCUCCAAUCAGUUUUGAGAUGCUCUCCACAAUAAAACUUGCACAAUAAGAUAAGUCAUCGUUAUUAACUGUCAAUAUAAAAACAUCUUUUUGAUUUACGUGAUCGAUUGCUAGUUUUAUAUUUCCUUCUGUCAUUAAGUAAUUUGUGAAGGAAUCUAAAUCUUAGAAUAAUUAUGUAAAAUGUCGUAAAAUUAUUGAAUAAAGUACAAACAAUUAAGAAUGCUUUGUUUUUUACCUGACAUUUGCACAAUAAAUAUUUUUUAAUUGACCACAUUGUACAAUACAGAUUUUGGAAAAGUUUCGGUUAUUUUUAUAGUGGUUAUUUGUUCCUUAUACAAGUUUACAAAAUAAUUUUGUAUUUGUCAUCUUUCUAGUUAAGGAGGAAAGAAGGGAACAAUUCUUAUACUACUUGUCGUUAUUUAAAAAAGAGUUAAAGUGAGGCCUUUAUGAAAAGCUCACACUGCACUGUAAUUGAGAGCAGAAUAUUUUAAUAAAUUUCAAAGAUUGUUGUAAGGGAGAUAACUCUAGGUUUUAUGAAAAUUCUUUUAUUUAUCAAUACUCUAUUGAAGUUUCAUGUUCAUUCUCAUUUCGCUUUCAAUAGAGUAUAAAGAUUUAUAAGGUUAAAAAAGAUGAAAAGGUGGCAUUAGAAUAACAUCAACAUUUCUUACAUUUUUGCCUGAAUUUAUGUUAUUAAUUUUAUAUCAAUUUUUCAUUGUAAAUCACCAUUAUGGUCAUCUGUUUCUGAUUUGACCUCAGAGGCACAUUUAAAUUGCAUUUAAAACACCUGUCACAUUUAGUAAUGGCUUCAAGAUUUGAAUUUUAUGUGUCAUUAUUCCAUUUUAAUUUAUGCUAUUUGUCUCAGCAACAUAUAAAUUUAUUAGCAGCAGGUUUUUGUCAGAAUGUUGCUUCUCAGGGUUUUAAUUUAUUUUUACAUGGCAUUUUCAUCCAGUUUAUAACCAAUUACAUACAAAUAAGUUCAGGAAAAUUUGUUUAUUUAUUUAUUUCUGUAAUAGUUAGAUUAUUUAGUACAUUUUCUUGUGAAUCGGACUCAUCUAAAGGGAAUCAUUUAAAAACAUGAUUAAGGUGACAAUUUUGUACUCUAAGACCCACUCUGCAUUUAGCUAUCAUUUCAACAAUUUACAAUUGAGGACAAUGUUGAUAAGCGCUUUUUUGGACCUUUGAAAAUAACACAGCAAGAAUGUUUAAGCAUUGUGUAAAAAUAUUUUUUUAUACAAUAUCUUUUACCAAACAAAAUGCAUAUACAUGUUUGUAAAGUUGCAAAUAAGAUAAAGUUCUCUUUUAAUUGAAAUGUGCAAAUUGUGAAAAAAAACUUAAUGUUUACUCGAAAGUGUUCAUCUUGAAAACUGCUAAUAGGAUAGAACAUUAAUUUCUGUUGUAAAAUUUAUAACUCACAGGUUCAUACCAAGUUUACCACACUUUUACUCAGGUCUUUGUCUGUAGAAUUAUUUGCAAUAGAUUAUCAACGUUUCAUAACUCAAUAAUUCAGGAAAUGUGCAUUUUCUGGCAAAAUUUCAUAUUUAGAACAAUCAAGUUGAAAAAAAAAAAAUUGACUUUUUAUUCUUAUAAUGGCCAAAUUAUUGUAAUUUAAGAAUUUUUAAUUUUCCUUUAGAUAUCUUAUCCUACCUAUCCUGUCCUUUGUUCUUUUAGACUGGAUCCCUGUUCAAAGACUGCCAGGAUCAGUUGUAAGAUUGCAUACAGGGAUUUGCUUGAGAGGUUUUAUUAACCUUCUAAAUACUUAUUUAUAUAAUAUUUCUUAUAGAAUAUGUUGUUAUAUAAUGCACAGUUGACUAUAAAGUAUAAACACAAGGGUUGCAGUUUCAGAUGAAUUAAAAAUGAAAAGUUCAGUUACAUCAUUUUGUGAAUCAGGUUUUAUUUAUAUUUCUUUGGUUUGAAACCAAGGUGUACUCUUUUAGUGUUCUUUUAUGCAUUUUCACAAGGUGCUUAAUUGUAUAUUUUACAAAGAUACAUUUGUAGUUUUAAUCUCUUGGAAAAAGUAAAAGCAGUAAGAAAAGAUAUGUAAAAAAAUCUUUAUUUGAUGAAAUGCCAAAGAUAAAUUUAAAAUGAGUCAUUUCAUUUUUUUAUGAAGUUGCCUUCCCAUAAAAUGUUAUUACGUUUUACAUCAAAUACUUUUUAUUUUUAAUAGAUAAUUAAGACAUGUUUCAAAGAAUAAUUGUGUUACGUUAUAAUUUUCUUAUGUUAAUAUGCAAAAAUUUGGCAAUGUAAAUUGUGAUUACUCUUUAAUCUUUAUAUUUUAUGAAAGCUGACGUUUAUUUUGCUAUGAAUUACAAGAAAAUCUUGUGUUAAGGGUUAAAUUAUAGUUUUAUGAAUUUAAAUUAUUUUAGAUUUAGUCAUUUAUAUUACAGCUAUGCUGUUUGCAUUUUGGAGUGUUUUUUUAUGAACUUUGAUGUUUUAAGUCAGUCAUUUUACAGAAGGUUUUUUAUGAAGAAUGUUUUAUUUUUGCAUGUAAAAAGUCAUUUAAUGUUGUUAAUUGGUGUAUAUUUCAUUGUAUAGGUAAUUUAAUGAUAUUUCAUUACCCUUUAAAUGUAUUUUCAACAGCUAAGUUAUUUAAAACAUGUCAGCUAAUAUUGACUCGGUAAUUGGGCAGAUAAUCUGAAACUUUUUUUAACGGAAUGUCUAUCAAUCUUUACAAUCAGUAACAUAAGUGGGCAUUUUGUUCAGACUUUUGGUAAAAUUGUUGGAAAAAAAAGAAAACUUUCCAGGAAAAAUAUUUAUGUAACUUUCAUUUUAUUUUCAAUGGUUUUUUUUAGUUCUAGUAUUUUGCCCAGUAAAGUUUUUAUAGUGAGCAGGGAUAUUUUGUACAGUGAAUUUGAGAAAAUUAUAAACAAUGUAUAAACAAAAGAUGUUGCUUAAUAUUAAGUUAUAAAAUGCUAAAUUCAAAAAGAUAUGAAACAAUUUCCUCCAACCUAAAAGCAAUAUAAGUAAAUUAUGAUCAACUAUUGGAGUUAUCUUCCCUUAGACAAUUGUCAAAAAAACAAACUAUCUUUGCACUAUUUGAAAAUUAGAUUGUUGAUGAUGAUAAAUUAGAAAUACAUUUAUUGUAUGAUUAAAUGUUGAUAUAAAAUCUGGCCGAGUAUACUAAUUCUGUGAUAUUUUGUACAGUGUAUGAUAUUUUUGUCAGAUUGUUGGGCAGUAUUAAAACCAUCAUCAUACUCAUCAUUUCUCAUUAGUACUAUAUAUAUAUAUCUAUAUAUAGUCAUUGAAUAAAAAUAUUCAUGAACAAA